AUCAUCAUCAUCAUCAUCAUUAAGAGAGCAAGAGGAGGACAUGAUCAAGGCACUUCCAGGGCAACCGCAAGUAGGAUUCUCACAGUUUUCGGGUUAUGUGACUGUGAACGAGUCACAUGGUCGAUCACUUUUCUACUGGCUUACAGAGUCCCCUUCUUCUUCUCACACCAAACCACUUCUUCUUUGGCUCAAUGGAGUUUUUAAACCAACAAAACCUACCCUGAGUUUCAUAUUAUGUAAUCGACCGGGUUGCUCAUCGAUUGGUUAUGGAGCUUCGGAGGAAAUUGGACCGUUUCGGAUCAAUAAAACCGGUUCUAAUCUCUAUCUCAACAAGUUUACGUGGAACACAGAAGCGAAUAUUUUGUUUCUUGAAUCGCCGGCUGGAGUUGGAUUUUCGUACACUAACACAAGCUCUGAUCUUAAAGAUUCUGGGGACGAACGGACUGCUCAGGAAAAUUUGAUAUUUCUAAUUAAAUGGAUGUCGAGAUUUCCUCAGUACCAAUAUAGAGAUUUCUACAUUGUUGGUGAAAGCUACGCUGGUCAUUAUGUUCCUCAGCUUGCCAAAAAGAUCCAUCUCUACAACAAAGCUUUCAACAAUACACCCAUCAUUAACCUCAAAGGAUUCAUGGUAAAACUACGGUUCUAUUUAUCACAUUUCCGAAACCUUAAUCCCUCCUUAAUGCAUAUAUAUUCUUUUGCACAGGUGGGAAAUGGAGAUAUGGACAAGCAUUACGACAGAUUAGGAGCCGCCAUGUAUGCGUGGUCACACGCAAUGAUCUCUGACAAAACUUACAAGUCUAUCCUCAAACACUGCAGCUUCACUGCGGAUAAAACCUCGGACAAGUGCAAUUGGGCACUCUACUUCGCCUACAGAGAGUUUGGCAAAGUCAAUGGGUACAGCAUCUACUCACCCUCAUGUGUACAUCAAACCAACCAGACCAAGUUCCUGCAUGGACGGCUUUUGGUAGAGGAAUACGAGUACGACCCUUGUACCGAAAGCUACGCUGAGAUAUAUUACAACCGUCCUGAUGUGCAACGAGCUAUGCACGCUAAUCUUACCUCCAUUCCUUAUAAGUGGACAUUGUGCAAUAUGGUUGUGAAUAACAACUGGAAAGAUUCCGAGUUUUCAAUGUUGCCGAUAUACAAGGAACUCACUGCCGCUGGUUUGAGGAUCUGGGUCUUUAGUGGCGAUACAGACGCAGUGGUUCCAGUGACUGGGACUCGACUUGCCCUCAGUAAACUCAAUCUUCCGGUGAAAACUCCCUGGUACCCUUGGUACUCCGAAAAGCAGGUGGGAGGAUGGACAGAGGUAUAUGAGGGGCUUACCUUUGCGACGAUAAGAGGGGCGGGCCACGAAGUGCCGGUGUUGCAACCCGAGCGUGCUCUCACUCUUUUAAGAUCGUUCUUGGCCGGCAAAGAGCUUCCAAGAUCUUAUUAGUCACACACAUAAGAUAGAAGGCUCCCUCCAAAACCCGAGUUAACUCGGUGUUUUCUUUUGAAAUUUUUAUGUUUCAAAUCAACUUGAUUUCAUAAGACACUAAAAGCAUUCUUGUAUUCGAAGAAGAUAUAUGUUGAUACUAGAACAAUUGUGUUGAUACCUUGGGAAUAAAAUUGCAGAAAACCAAAAGUUUCAAA